CGCCUGGCCAAACCACCACUGAUGUCGCACUCUCCAUCUCCUCGUCCUGCAUCAUCAGAACCCAGUUCUCGCCAUGCUGCCUCAGCUGUUGAAAAGCAGCGCUCUCAGCUUGAUCGUCUCCUCAAGGAUCCUUCGAAGCCGGCGUACAUCCCUGCGCCGCCAAAGGAUAAGUCAAUACGACCGCCUCGGGAGAUGAUGAAGAAUGUCCAGGGUUCCAGUGCUGGUGCAGGAAGUGGGGAGUUUCACGUCUAUAAAGCGGGGAGGAGGAGGGAGUAUGAACGUCUGAAGGCGAUGGAUGAGACAGCCAAAGCCGAACAAAUUGCCGCAGAAUUUGCUGAACGCAAGCGACAGAGAGAGGAGGAGGCAGACAGCAAGACGGCCAAGAACCGUGCUAAACGUCAGAAGAAGAAGGGGCGCGGGAAGGGCAAGGCCGAUGGCGAGGGCUCAGCACCUCCAGAAAGUCAUCUUGGUUCGGCUUCGGGAACGUCUGAGGCACCUCUGAAGAAGCGCCGGCUCGUCAAUGGCGAGGAGCUUGUGUUCAAACGACCAACUGAGGAUGACGAUGAGCAGGACCAGGCUGUGGAUGCCAGUGAGCCGAAGCAGUUGGAUGUGAGCAGCCAACAAUCAGGUAAUGUCCUCGAGGAAAUGCCAGUUUCCACGACAGCCGCUCCUCGUAUCAUUAUCCACGAGGAUGAUUGACCAGUUUUCUUUAAAUUAUGAAUCCCCCUCGCGCUGUAAGGUCUCCCAAUCUCCAGAUUCGAUUGUUCGUCUGUGGUGCAGCAUUUUUCGCCUCUACAAUUCGAUUCGUCCUCCAUACAGUCACAUCGCGAUCAACUGUAUCCUCGUCCGCACAGACACCAGGGUACAGAGCAGGCUGUAUGACACCACACGAGGGCUGAGUGUCUCAGACAGCAUCUUUGACUCUACUCAGACGGCGUAUCAUGCGCAACAACACUCUGGCAGAAGUACGUAGAGAUCGUAGCCAGGUUUCAUCUGCAGUUAGCUCGUACCAUCUGUAGCUACCCAACCGGAUGGUCAAUACAUCAGCUUCAGCGUGAUUGGUCAG